UAAUAAUUUAUAUAAACCAGUAAUUGGUAUCAAAGCUCUUAGAGAUGGAAGAAGUAGAGCUCUGCUUCCCACAGCUGCUCAACACCUCCUGCAGGAAACCAAAGCAUUCUUCCUCUCAUAUAUUGCUUCUUUCUGUUUUCCUAUCUGUUGUUUCUCUUCUGACUGUGAGUCUUAACAUGCUGGUAAUCAUUGCAAUUCUGCACUUCAGACAGCUUCACACCUCCACAAACAUGAUUCUUCUCUCUCUGGCUUUCUCAGAUUUCUUCGUGGGUUUUCUCUUCUUGUUUCAACUUCUGAUGGUAGACGGCUGCUGGUAUCUUGGCAACCUCAUGUGUGCUCUGUUUCUUACUUUAGAUUUAAUUCUUGUCUCUGCCUCAGUAGGAAAUAUGGUGCUUAUUUCCAUUGACCGUUAUGUAGCCAUAUGUGAUCCUCUGCAUUAUCCCACUAAGGUCACUCUGAAAAGAGCUAGAGUCUCAGUUUCACUCUGUUGGACUUGUUCUCUAAUUUAUUCCACUGUGAUGUUGAGGGAGAACUUAGAUAAUUUGGACAAAUUUAGUUCCUGUGCUGGAGAAUGUACAGCUGACUUUGGCAUCACAGGGUUUAUUAUCGAUCUUUUUUUAACAUUCCUUAUUCCCAUUACUGUCAUAUUAGUACUUUAUGCUAUAGUCUUUGUGGUGGCUGUUUCUCAGAUUCAGAUCAUGCGCUCUCAAGUUUCAGUCCUCACAAGUAGGUAUUCAGUAAAAGCAAUUCCCAAGAAAUCUGAAAUAAAAGCAGCCAGGACUCUUGGGCUUGUGAUAAUUGUGUUUAUGUCAUGCCUUUGCCCUUAUUUCUGCAUCUCCCUAUUGAGUUUAGACAGCUUGCUCCAUACUUUGACAGGUGUUUAUGUUAUAUCAUUGUUUUACUUCAAUUCCUGUCUUAACCCACUAAUCUAUGCAUUAUUCUACCCUUGGUUUAGAAAGUCUAUCAAAAUUAUUGUUACACUUGAAAUAUUCAAGUCAGGUUCCUCUAAUGUAAACUUACUGCAUCCCUGAACACUAUACUGUACAGUGUCCAGCAAGUCUGUAAACAAUAAUUUUCCUAAUGUCAAAAACUCAACCUCCAUGUGUUUUAGUUAGAUUUUAUGUGUUGGACAAAUAAAUAAUAAAGCAGAAUUUUGAAGGAGAAGGGAAAAAAUACACAGUUUUGAUCAAAGAAAUACUUUACAUUACACCAACACUCAGGGGCCAGUUUAAAUGGUGAAAAAGAGAAAGGAUUCUAAAGGCCUAUGAUUAACAGGGGUCCAGUAAGGACCCUGAUAGAAUUACAAUAGUUACAAAAUAUUAUGACAAUUAGUAAAUACAGUUAUAAUCACCAACUGUUUUAUGUUUCAGUAAAACCAUGUUUAUUUGUCUUUAAAACAUUUCUCAAUAGCCUGUGACACACAUGCACAACCACACAUGCUCGUUCUGCAAUCGUAGUGAGGACCAUGUGUUGACUCCCAUUGACUUUCAUUCAUUUUUAGUAAUUUCUCAACCCUUUCUCUGCCCUAACCUAAAAACUAACCCUAAACCUAACCAUUACCAAUGCAUCCAAUGAAGCCUCUGGCAAGCCUUCAAGAACGGCGAUUGAAGAAGGGGACAGCAAGAUGCUGCAGUCGAGGAACCAAAGAAAGGAAUUAACAUUAGCUCCAACAAGAGAAAGAGGCAAAGAUUUGUCAGUAU